AUGGUGGUCAGUACAGCACUUUCUUCCUGCGUAGAGCACAGUUUGCAUUUCUUCAGGAAUGUAUUUAGGGCUAUACCCAUCAGACACUGUUCUUACAUUUCAGCAUUUGAAGGGGAAGUCAAGUCAAGUGGUGAUUUACACCUAACGAAUGGCCGCGUACAAAUACUUCACCUAAACUCUUCAGGUUCAGAUGAGAGGUCAUAUACUGGGAUGGCCUCGAGAACAUUCCUUACUGCCUAUAAAUCAAAGCAUGCUGAUCAUAUUGUUCAAGAUAUUAACCUGUGGGAUAAGGAACUUUUACAAUACGAUUUAUCACACGUGGCCAGCAAAAUGCGAAUGGUGAGUGGUCAAGAUGAACCAUCAGACAAAGUGAAUUUUGAACCAGUGGAAAGGAUGAUAAAAACUUUAUUUUCGGCAGAUAAGCUGGUUGUGUCGUGUCCAAUGUGGAAUUACAGCAUCCCAUAUGUUUUGAAACAGUACAUAGAUUGCGUUGUUCAACCUGGAUUGACCUUCAGGGAAACAUCAACUGGUCCACAAGGACUGUUAACGAACAGACCGUUAUUACUUAUAACCUCGUCCGGGGGGGACUAUUCUACAGGCCAGAUGAAAACGCUUGACUAUCAGGUCCCUUACUUAAAGGAUAUAUUUGGCUUGAUUGGAUUUACUGAUGUUAGACAUAUUUAUAUAAAGAACACAGCACAUGAGAAACGAGAUAAACUGUUGACUUUCAUUGAAUCAAGCUGCCUGGAAGCAGCUGCAAAAUUUUGA